UUCGACGUCGCGUUCGCGCCCACGACGCACGUCUUCGCGGUCGGGCUGAUCAACGGUGACGUCGAGCAGUGGUCGCACACCCAGAGCUCGUGCGCGAAGCUGGAGACGCUGCGAGGGGUGCACGCAGGGGAGACGUGCAGGACGCUGGCGUACGUGGACGGAGGGAAGACGCUGCUGAGCGGCGGCGCGGACGCGUGCGUCGUGGCGACGGAUGUAGUCACCGGAGCCGUGGUGGCGAGGCUUAAAAACGCGCAUACCGUGGCGAUUAAUCGAUUAAUCACGCUGAAUGAGCACCUGAUUGCGACUGGAGACGACGACGGAUGCGUGAAGAUUUGGGAUACACGCGCGCAGACCGAAUGCGCAAAACACAAGCCUUUCGUGGAUUUUGUGAGCGAUAUGAAGUACGCGGGGGAGGGUAGAAACGAAAUCGUGAUUUCGAGUGGCGAUGGUACGCUCGGAUGCUUAAAUUUGACGACAAACAAAAUGGUGGGGCAGUGCGAUAACUUGGAGGACGAGUUAUUAAGUUGCGAAAUCGUAAAGAAUGGCCGUAAAGUCGUCGCCGGUUCGCAGGAAGGAGUGCUGGACAUUUUCACUUACGGUAAAUGGGAUGAUAUAUCUGACAGAUAUCCGGGACAUCCUCAAAGCGUGGACGCCAUCGCGAAGGUGACGGAAGACAUGGUUGUCACCGGCUCGAGCGAUGGUUUGAUCCGCGUGAUUUCAGUCCUUCCGAACAAAAUUUUGGGCCUCGUGGGUGAGCAUAGCGACAUGCCCAUCGAGCGUUUGACAAUGAGCUUCGAUAAGAAUAUGCUCGCGUCGUCUUCGCACGAUAAGACGGUCAAAUUGUGGAAGGUUGACUGGUUGACGGAGGAGGGCGCGUGGGACGACGCCGAAGAAAUGGACGUCGAAGAAGCAGACGACGACGACGAUAGCGACGAUGACGGAAAAUCCAAGAAACGAAAAUCCAAAAGCAAAGGGAAAAAGCAAGUCGCCAAUCAACAGAAAGCGGAGAACAAGAAGAAGGCGGUUACCAAAUUUUUUGCUGAUAUGUAA